AUGUCUUCCAUAUUGUAUAUACUGAAUGAGAACCUUGAGCCGUUAAUCUCAAGGAAUAUAAGGGCUUUACCAUCUACAGAUCUCCCUAUUGCACAAUUUAAAAAAUUAUAUCAUCCAGGUUCUCCACCAGUGAUACGAGGGAAUCAUGAUACCUUUGAGUAUAUGUACCAGGGUUUUUCUUAUGUUUACAUACGAAGAGACUCUCUAUUUUUUGUCAGUUUGGUAGAUAAUACAGUUGAUAUUAUGGAGACAUUACAUUAUUUGGAACAAUUCUAUCUGUUGUUGAAAAAUUAUUUUACUGUUAAAGUAUUAGACAAGAAUUUAAUAUUAGACAAUCCUAUUUUAGUGAUGGAAUUACUAGAUGAAAGUAUAGAUUUUGGGUUUAUUCAAGUCACUGAUGCGGGACUAAUUAAAGAUUAUAUUCGUGUGAAAACUAAUGUACCAGAGAUUGAUGAAAAGAACAAAAGAUUGCAACUCGGUGGUGUAAAGAAUCAAUCUGAGUUUGAUGAUGAGGAUGAUAUGUUUGGUAGUGAGAGUGAUGAAGGAAGAAAAAAAGUUCAAAAACAAAGACGUAAAUUAAAGCAUCGUCAUAAGAGUACUACUAAGAGAGAAUUAGGUCAUUUGACUAAGAAAGUUGUCCAAACGUGGAAACGUGAUCAAAAGAAAAAAGGUACGUUUGGGAAUAAUGAUAAUGAUCAUGAUGGACAUAUUGAGGGAGGAGAUAAUGAUGAUGAACUUGAUGAUACAUUUAUGAAUAGUGAUAUUGCGAAGACUACAGUGAUGGCUAUUUCUUGGAGAACGAAAGGGAUCCAUUACGCUAAGAAUGAAUUUUAUUUGGAUGUUGUAGAGAAGAUUGAAUAUUAUAUGGAUUAUGAUAGUCAAACAGUUAGAAAAAAUACGAUACAUGGUCAAAUUGUUUGCAAAUCAUUUUUAUCUGGGAUGCCAGAGUUGCAUGUUUCAAUAAAUAAGAUUUUAAACAAAGAUAAACAAUUUUUAUCAAGUUGUAAAUUUCACCAAUGUGUCUCUUUAGAGUCCAUCGAAGAAGGCAAAGAGAUUACUUUCAUACCACCAGAUGGUGAUUUUAUUUUAUGUUCAUAUGAAUUGAAACGUCAUGUACGUGAUCAACCAAUUAUCAAAUUAAAUAAAUUUGAAUUAAAACAAAAAUUGAAUAAAUUUAAAUUACAAAUACAUUGUAGCGUAGAAUCUCAUUUUAAACCAACAAAUGUCACAUCAAAAUUAAAUUUACAAAUUCCACUAAAACAAUUAUUUCAAAAAUAUCAAAUAGAUUUGAGUAAAAACAUUAAAUCUAAAUGUGAUGAAGGGAAAGUUUUAUUUAAUGUAAGCGAUGAUUUCUUAUUAUGGGAGAUUGGUGCAAUGAAAGGUGGUCAUGGAGAGAAUCAAUUAUCGAUGGUUGUAGAAUUUGCACUAUUUAAUCAAGAGGAAUACGACAGAAAGCAAGAAGAAUUACGUACCUCGAUGAAUCCACCACCUUUGGUGGAAGGUAUUAAAUUAGAAGAAAUAUAUCAACAAAUACAUGGAGAUGAUCAUGAUGUUACUAAAGAGACUCCUGCACAAGAUAAAAGAGAAUUAGAAAAAACACAACUACUGCAUAUCAACUUUGAGAUCCCAUACUCAACCUUGAGUGGUAUCAACAUCGAAUACUUAAAGAUUGAGGAACCGCAACUACAAUAUCAAUCGUUUCCAUGGGUCCGUUACAAGGCUAUCAACGAUGAAGAAUAUGCAUACGCAAUAUAG